CAGGUGAACAAGGUGAUGUCCAUCUUGUUUUAUGUGAUAUUUCUCGCUUAUCUUCGUGGCAUCCAGUCUACCAACAUGGAUCAAAGGAGUUUGCCAGAAGAUUCAAUAAAUUCUCUUAUUAUUAAACUCAUUCAGGCAGACAUUUUGAAAAACAAGCUUUCUAAGCAAAUGGUAGAUAUUAAGGAAAACUAUCAGAACACAGUGCAGAAAGACACACAGCAAGACAUGGAUGGAGAUGAAAAUGUGAAAUCAGACUUCCAGCCAGUUAUCACAAUGGAUACAGAUCUCUUAAAGCAGCAGAGACGCUACAACUCUCCCCGAGUCCUCUUGAGUGACAGCACGCCGCUGGAAACCAUGGAGGAUUAUAUUGGAAAUUCAGUGGUGGUGAACAGAACCUCCCGGCGGAAAAGGUACGCGGAACACAAGAGCCACCGAGGGGAAUAUUCUGUUUGUGACAGUGAAAGUUUAUGGGUCACGGACAAAUCCUCCGCGAUCGACAUUAGAGGACACCAGGUAACUGUGCUGGGAGAAAUUAAAACUGGCAACUCUCCGGUUAAACAAUACUUUUAUGAAACAAGGUGUAAAGAAGCCAAGCCUGUAAAAAAUGGCUGUCGUGGCAUCGAUGACAAGCACUGGAACUCCCAAUGCAAGACAUCCCAAACUUACGUUAGAGCACUAACUUCAGAAAACAAUAAACUGGUAGGCUGGAGAUGGAUAAGAAUAGACACCUCCUGCGUGUGCGCAUUGUCAAGGAAAAUAGGAAGAACAUAA